GCCGUAGCUUCCUUGCAGUCUGUAGAGCACAGUGGAUGUUGAUAUGAUGGCUCUGCUGCCACCUCCUGUCGGUCACUACGUUCUUUUCUUUCCUUAACUUUCUGUUCUCUAAAAGUAUCUUUAAAUCCUCUCUCUCUCUCUCUCUCUCUCUCUCUCUCUCUCUCUCUCCCUGUGGUAACGGUGAAUGGCGUUGGAUUGCGGGGGUUUCAUGGGUUACGUCGCUGUAUCACUGAAGAGAUUUGGGGUUUGGAGUAUUGCGGGGGAGGACUUCAGUGGUUUCUACAAAAUUAGAGUCUAGAUAGUCGAGAAGUUCGAUUUGGCUGGAGACUGACGAUGACAGGCUUAUCUUAGAACUGGUUGUCGAUGUUCAUGGCUGCGAUGGUGAUGAGGAUGGCCAUGGAUUUUCCCGUUGUGAAAGCGCAACUGUGGAUCGUUGGAUGCUUUGUGGAUUGACCUACAAGUGUGAUUGACUUGAAUAGGUUGGUAAAUGGUAAAUCUCUUCCUUUCAUUCCCUCUGAUUCCCUAUAAAUCCCUAGUAUUUGCUUUUUUCUUUUGUAAUUCUUCUCAUUUAUUGUUGAAAAUUUACUGGUACUGCGGACUGCGUGGAUUUGGGUGUUGAUGGUUUUUGGUUAUCCGUGGAGUUGGAAUUAUGUCUUUGUUUACUUUUGUUCUGGACACUGUCUGUGCGUCUCUCUUCUCAAUUUACUGCAUGCGCGCUCGCUCGCCCUCGCUUAUCUGGCUUGAUCAAGUGAUCUUUGGCUGACUUGCUUGGAGUCCAAAAGAAGUGCCUUGAGAAUUCAACAAGUGGAAGCAAGGUUUGAUCUGUGAGGACCACCAAGACUGGAAAUAAUGAGCGUCUUAAGGAACUUCAGGCAAAAGUUAUGGAACUCCAUACACUUGUGGUGGAGCUUUCCAAUGCUGAGGAUGUACCAGAGACCACCCAUGGGAACACUAGAGGGACUGUGGUGCCACUUGAUGCCUUGGAAGGAAGGAUUGCUGAACUGGAGACCCUUGUGCCUGAAGUUAAAUAUUUUUUAGAGAACAGGGUAAUGGAGCUUAAGGCCUUUCAGAGCAGUGUUGAUCGAGUGGAUGCAUUUGAGGCAAAAAUAAAUGAGCUUGAGAUGAUGAUGCCCAGUUUAACUUCUCUUCAGGGACAACUAAAAGAGGUGGAGGUCGCUCAACAAAAGCUUUCUGAAAAUUUUGAUAUGCUUGUUCGUCACGUCAAAGAAUCCACAGGCUCCUUCAAUGAGAGAUUGAAUGAAGUUGGUGGACAAAUGAAUACAUUGGCUCAACUCCAAAGCCAAGUGCAGGAGUUGGAUUCCAAAUUGAACAUGACUAAGCAAAUGGUUAGCAAGUUGGAGGUGAAAGUUGAGAGGGAGAAGAUGAAAUUGCCACGGCCACAGGCCUAUGGGGGUUCAGGAUUUGGCAUUGCGUUGGAUGAUUUUCUCUUUGGCUUGGAAAUGUAUUUCAAGGCAGCUAGAAUCGAAACUGACGAGGCAAGAGUGACACUGGGUUCUAUGUACCUCACGGGUGGAGCGAUGGCAUGGUGGAGGAGGAAAUAUGAAUAUAUUCAAAACCACCAAUGCACUAUGCCCACUUGGGAAAAGCUUCAAGGGGGAACUUGUGGCACAUUUCUCCUCCGCACGUAGGUCCCUGUUAAAUCGUGACUGAAUUGUUGGGUGUCUAUGUAUUUUGAGCAAUUGAGCAUUGAUGGUGGUGAGUGUGAAUGUGUUAGAAUGAAACUAAAUGCAUAGAGUAGGCAGUAAACUGAAAGAGGAGGUGAGGGAAGGCACAUCUGCCUGUGCAUGCCUGAUCCCUAUGGAGCCUUAUUGACUUCUUUUCUUUUUCUUCGUGUCCCAAACAUUGCUCAGGGUCAUAUGAAUGUAGAAUACUUUCCCACAGUCCCACUAUAUGUGUCAUGCGCUGUAAUUCCUUCUAUGGUCUUUUUGUGAAUUAGGCAACCCUUCCAUGGAUUAAUGUUAACCGAUUUUCCAUACAUUUGCCACAUAUUUUCCAUUUACUUCCAAUAUAUUUCCCCAUCUUUCUUUUC